AUGUCCUUUGAUCGAGAACCCGAACAAACUCCUGCCAUCUUAACGCCCCAAUCACUUCGGCCGUCCCAAUAUGCUACGCCGAUCGACCACAGCAACUUCUCAUCGAAUAUGUCUCCAUCUCCUUCGAGAGACUCCGUUGUCGCCCGCAUCCAGAUACAGUCGACACAAAUUCCGAAGGCGUGGGUCUCUCCCAUCUGCGGCGCCGGCGCUGGAUUCGCCUCGGGGAUUGUUACUUGCCCUCUUGAUGUGAUCAAGACAAAGCUUCAGGCACAAGGCGGGUUCACUCAAAGACUACAGUCCAAGAACCCAUAUGGCGGUAUUCAACAACCAUACAAAGGCAUCAUUGGCACUGGCAGCGUUAUCUGGCGAGAAGAAGGUAUACGUGGCAUGUACAGAGGCUUAGGACCCAUGCUAUUAGGGUAUCUACCAACAUGGGCUGUCUAUCUGACGGUGUACGAGAAUACUCGAGAGUUCUGGUACGACCAAUGUGGCAGCUGGUGGGUGGCUCGCUGCUAUUCAUCCCUCACCGCCGGCGCCUGUUCCACCAUCUUGACAAACCCCAUUUGGGUCAUCAAAACCCGGCUGAUGUCGCAAUCCAACAAAUCCGCUGCCGCCAGUGAUGGAAUGCGUGCCCCUUGGCACUACACUUCUACAGUCGACGCCGCUCGCAAAAUGUACCGCACUGAGGGCCUUCAAUCCUUCUACUCUGGCCUGACACCUGCCCUGCUGGGUCUAACUCACGUUGCAAUUCAGUUCCCUCUGUAUGAAUUUUUCAAGAUGAAGUUCACAGGGUUCGGCAUGGGUGAGCAUCCGCCCGAAGAUAGCACCUCAAAUUGGCUCGGUAUUUCUGCUGCCACAUUUCUGAGCAAAGUCUGUGCAUCAACGGCCACUUACCCUCACGAGGUUUUGCGUACCCGUCUACAAACACAGCAACGCAGAUCUGCGCUGACAACGUCGGAUGGGAUGAAAGUCCAAGCGCGUUACUCGGGCAUUUGGCACAUGAGCAAAGUCAUUCUCAAAGAGGAAGGAUGGCGUGCAUUCUAUGCGGGCAUUGGCACAAAUCUUAUCCGGGCGGUGCCGGCGGCCAUGACCACCAUGCUGACCUAUGAGUGGUUGCGCAAUCUCAUCACUCGGGCACAGGAAAAGGGCGAAGAGCUGAAGAAGCCGACCGAAGAAUACCCUAUAUGA